AUGACUUCGAAUUACAUUAUACAUAUUGGUAAUAAAAUUAUAAAUAAACGAAUCAAAAUUAAAGAAUUUCUAAACAAAUAUGAAAGAAAAGUAUUAGAAAAAAAUGUCAAUGUUUUUUUUUAUAUACUAAUUAAUUUAUUAUUCAAUUUAUCUAUUGAUAGAUUUCGAUUAGUAAUUAACAGAAAAUAUAUUUUUUUUAAAAACAGAAAAAGAAUUGAUAUUGUUUUUAAUAUAACGAAGAAACUGCUAACUCUAAAUAAUAUUGAUAUAAAAGAAAAAAUUACAAAUCUUAUAGAAAAUAAAAAAAAUUGCAUUGAUAAUAGUGAAAUAAAUGAGAAUGAAUUAUAUGAAGAUAUAAAUACUAAAAGAAACAAUUUUUCUAAUACUUCUUUAGUAGAUAAUAUAUAUAAAGAGUACAGAAAACUUAAUAUAAAAAAUGAAAAAGAUUAUCUUAAUAACAAAUCAGAAACUCUUUUAAAUAAUCAAGAAAAAUUUUUUGACAAAAAGUUAUUUUAUGAAAAUUAUACAUUUGAAAAUAAAUCAAAUUAUAUUAAUUAUUAUGAAAAUUUUAAGAGUGAUCAUUUAGAUAAUAAAGUUUUAUUUUCUUCAAAUUUGCUUAAUUAUAAAGAUGUUAAAAAUAAAAUUAAUGAUUUUAAAAUAAAAUCAAAUGAAGAAUAUCAUAAAAAUAAAAAUAUAUUAGAACAGAAAGUAAGUAAUAAUAAAUAUGAUAAAAAAAGUAUUAUUUUAAUAAAAAAGGAAAAAAAAACAAAUAUAAAUAUUUUUGACGAAUUUCUUGAUAUUUAUUUAUUAUUCCGAUUGAAAGGAGGAAAAGGAGGAUUUGGUGCAAAUUUGAGAGUCAAAAAAAGAAAGAAGAAAAAAAAGAAUAACUUUGAUGCUGCAAGAAACUUAAAAGGAAAUAGAAUUUUAGUUGAUAGAAUAAUUGAAACAUCAGAAAUUUUAUUAAAAAAAAAAGAACAAGAACAAAUUUUAAUUGAUAAACUCAAUAGUUCUUUUAUAAUUAAUGAAACUGAUGAAAAUGACCAUCUACUAAAAAAUCAUAUAAUUAAAGAUGAAAUAAAUGAAAAUUCUAGUAAGAGUGAAAAUUUUAUAAAAGAUAAUCAAAAAUUAGAUAUGCGUCAUAUCAUUGCAAAUGGAAUCAAGGAAGAAAAAAAGCAAAAAAAAAAUUUAAAAAAAAAAAUUGAUAAAAAUGUGAAUAAUCAAAUUAAAAAUGUGAAAUCAAUUGAGAAUAUGUACAAUUUUUUAUGA